AUGAUGAUGAUGAGUCUGAGAAAAGGAGGAGCAGGAGGAGAGAGACAAGAGUACAACGUUGUUCAUAAGCUACCUCACGGAGACAGUCCUUAUGUCCGAGCGAAACAUGUUCAGCUUGUGGAGAAAGAUGCAGAAGCAGCGAUUGAGUUGUUUUGGAAAGCGAUUAAAGCUCGAGAUAGAGUUGAUAGUGCUCUUAAAGACAUGGCUUUGUUAAUGAAACAACAAAACAGAGCAGAAGAAGCCAUUGACGCUAUUCAGUCUUUUAGAGAUCUUUGUUCUAGACAAGCUCAAGAAUCACUCGACAAUGUCCUCAUCGAUCUCUACAAGAAAUGUGGGAGAAUAGAGGAACAAGUUGAGUUAUUGAAGCAAAAGCUUUGGAUGAUAUAUCAAGGAGAAGCAUUUAAUGGUAAGCCAACAAAGACAGCGAGAUCUCAUGGGAAGAAAUUUCAGGUCACUGUUGAGAAGGAAACCUCUAGGAUUUUGGGAAACUUGGGAUGGGCUUAUAUGCAGCUAAAGGACUAUACAGCAGCUGAAACUGUGUAUCGAAAAGCUCAGUUGAUAGAGCCAGAUGCAAACAAGGCUUGUAAUUUAUGCACAUGUCUCAUCAAGCAAGGGAAACACGAAGAGGCGAGAUCGAUUCUGUUUCGUGAUGUAUUACAAGAGAACAAAGAAGGGUUUGGUGAUUUGAGGUUGAAGGAUCGGGUUCAAGAGCUGUUGAGUGAGCUAGAGCCACGGAAAGAAGACGAGGAAGAAGAAGCGGUUUCCGCUUCUGUGUCUUUGGAAUGUGAAGUCGGUAUGGAUGAGAUUGCGGUUGUGGAAGGGAUUGAUGAGUUUGUGAAAGAAUGGAGGAGGCCUUAUAGGACAAGAAGACUUCCUAUCUUUGAAGAGAUCUUACCACUGAGAGAUCAAUUAGCUUGUUGA